AUGGAUCAUAUAGGAGUUCAUCUACACCAGACCCAGGCAGAGCCGAUAAGUUUUGGUAUCGAUCAAAUCCUGAACAAUGUGGAUCAGGGGAGUUGCAUGAUUUCCAAUCCCAGGCUGCAAGACUCCGACUACGGUUUAGGAUGCAUCGUCACCAGUGCUUACAAUACGAUGACCGGCAGCUAUAACACGAACAAUUCCGGGGGAUACAACGGCAACGCGUGCAGCGUUGCGUCUCUGAACGGCUCGUACAAUGUGAACAUGGGCAUGAAUAUGAACGGGAGUAACCUUAAUUCGGCCGGAGUGAUCCGUGUGCCAGCGCACCGACCGCUGAGCAGCGUGCACGCGUCUGUACCCUCCAGCAUGACCGCGGUGCCAGGUAUGGGGAACGUGAACUCUAUCAACAAUCUCACGGGAUUAACCUUUCCCUGGAUGGAGAGCAACAGAAGAUACACCAAAGACAGAUUUACAGUGGCCCUCUCACCCUUCACUGUAACACGCCGUAUAGGUCAUCCGUACCAGAACCGGACACCGCCAAAGAAGAAAAAGCCCAGAACGUCCUUCACGAGGCUGCAGAUCUGCGAACUGGAGAAGCGGUUUCACCGACAGAAGUACCUGGCGUCCGCGGAGAGAGCGGCCUUGGCGAAGGCACUUAAAAUGACUGAUGCGCAAGUGAAAACAUGGUUCCAAAACAGGAGGACAAAAUGGAGACGGCAGACCGCGGAGGAGAGGGAAGCCGAACGACAGCAAGCGAACAGAAUCCUCAUGCAACUGCAGCAGGAGGCUUUCCAAAAAACACUAAACCAGCCAGUGACCCCGGACCCAAUCUGCCUACACAACACUUCUUUAUUCGCUCUUCAGAAUCUCCAGCCCUGGACUGAAAACACCUCUAAAAUAAGCACAGUCUCUACCUGUGAAUAG